ACGCCAGCGGGAUAGUUCCUCUACUAUCCACGCCACCAACUAUUACCUUCAGUAAUCAGGUGGCGAGCGAAGCGAGCCCGCGAGAGUACUUUUCGGGUACCCUGUUCGCCUGUAGCUCCUCCCCCUGGUGACGUGUCUCCUCCCCGAGGUACGUCAGAAGGUCCCUUCUCCCACUCCGAAAUAGAAUCAACUGAAAUACGAUGGACCGCACAACUCGGAAGUACGGUGGACGACUCUGCCCAAAGUACCUUGGAACGCACAAAUCGACCGUAUGAUGGAACGCAUAAUCCGGAAGUGUGAUGGAACGCAUAACCCGGAAGUAAGGUGUGCAACCUCUUGUGACCUCUUGUGAUGGAUGGAUGAGAGCAGACAGUGGCAGCUAGCGAGAAGAGGAGGAGUAUAUAGAGGAACACAGGGACCUGUACAAGGACGUGAUGAUGAAGAAUCACCUGACCCUCACAUCACUGGAUGGACCCAGUAACAGAGAUGCCCCAGAGAGAUGUCCUCGUCCUUAUUCACAGGACUGUACAACGGAGAAUCACAGGACCCCACAGAAGGAUCAGGGUGAUGACCUGACUAAUAUUAAGGUAGAAGAUACAGAAGAAGAGACAUAUGUGAGGGGUGAUCAGCAGUGUAAGGAGGAGGAAAUCCCUACAGAUAUCAUUACAGAUGGACCCAGGAACAGAGAUACCCCAGAGAGAUGUCCCCGUCCUCUUUAUUCCCAGGAUUGUACAGAGGAGAAUCACAGGACCCCACAGGAGGAUCAGGGUCAAGAUCUGACUCAUAUUAAGGUAAAGGUUAUGGAGGAAGAAGAAGAGACGUAUGUGAGGGGUUAUCAGCAGUGUAAGGAGGAGGAAAUCUCUACAGAUAUCAGCACAGAUGGACCCAGUAACAGAGAUAACCCAGAGAGAUAUUCCCAGGACUGUACAGAGGAGAAUCACAGGACCCCACAGAUUGAAAAUCUCACUGAUGUUAAGACAGAAAGUACUAAUGGAGAAGAGGAGACGUAUGUGAGGGGUGAUCAGCAGUGUAAGGAGGAGGAAAUCCCUACAGAUAUCAGCACAGGUGGACGCAGAAGCAAGAAUACCUCUAAGGAAAAUGUCAUUUUGUCUUCAGACUAUAAAAUAGAAGAUAACAUCACACAAGGUUCUCCAGGAAAAAACUCAACUGCUCUAAAUAUCAAUCCAGUGCUUCACAGUGCAGAUAUGACUGAUCCCUCGGGGCAGGAGGAAGGUACUACUGAUAUUGCUACACCUAGUACAGCUGAUAGUAGUGAUAAAACCUUCCCCUGUUCUGUCUGUGGCAAAUGCUUCACUAAGAAAUAUCUUGUUAGUCAUCAUAGAAUUCACUCAGGAGAGAAGCCAUUUUCAUGUGUUGAGUGUGGGAAAUCUUUUACACAAAAAUCAAAUCUUGUUACACAUCAGAGAUGUCACACAGGUGAGAAACCAUUUUCAUGUUCUGAGUGUGGGAUAUGUUUUACACAUAAGUCAGCUCUUGUUACACAUCAGCAGUUUCACAUAGGCGAGAAGCCAUUUCUGUGUGCCGAGUGUGGGAAAUGUUUUACGCUGAAAUCACAUCUUGUUACACAUCAGAGAAGUCACACAGGUGAGAAACCAUUUUCAUGUUCUAAAUGUGGGAAAUGUUUUACACAUAAAAAUGUUCUUAUGCAACAUGAGAAAAGUCACACAGGUGAGAAACCAUUUGCAUGUGCUGAGUGUGGGAAGUGUUUUACACGCAAAAAUAUUCUUAUACAACAUCAGAGAAGUCACACAGGUGAGAAACCAUUUGCAUGUGCUGAGUGUGGGAAAUGUUUUUCAUAUAAAAAUAUUCUUGUAGAACAUGAAAAAAGUCACACAGGGGAGAAACCAUUUCCAUGUUCUAAGUGUGGUAAAUGUUUUACACGUAAAACUAUACUUGUACAACAUCAGAGAAGUCACACAGGUGAAAAAAGAUUUUCAUGCUCUGAGUGUGGGAAUGGUUUUACAGAGAAAGCAGGUCUUAUUAAACAUUGGAGACUUCACACAGAUGAGAAACCAUUUAAAUGCUCUGAGUGUGGGAAACGGUUCAUACAGAAAUCAAAUCUUGUUCUACAUCAGAGAACUCACACAGGUGUGAAACCAUUUAAAUGUUCUGAGUGUGAGAAAUGGUUUACAAGGAGACAAGGUCUUAUUAACCAUCAGAGAAUUCACACAGGUGAGAGAAUAUUUAAAUGUUCUGAGUGUGGGAAAUGCUUCAUACUCAAAAAGUAUCUUAUUGAUCAUCAGAGAACUCACACAGGUGUGAAACCAUUUAAAUGUUCUGAGUGUGGGAAAUGUUUUCCACAUAAAUCAGGUCUUGUUAGCCAUCGGAAAACACACAGACUGAGGAUGGACAAGAACAGGAGUCACAUGACUGAAAAGCUACUAAAUCUUACCCUGGAGAUUAUCUACCUGCUGACUGGGGAGGGUUACACAGUAGUGAAGACAUCCUGUUUGUCAGGAAGACUGAGCAGGACCCAGAGCUCCAUCACAAUGCCUCCACCUCACUCACUGAUACAUGAGAGAGACAAUGACCAGAAGAUCCUGGAACUCACCAACAAGAUCAUUCAGCUGCUGACUGGAGAGGAGUGGGAGUAUAUAGAGGAACCCCACGGUCUAUGCAGGAAUAUUAUGAUGGAGAAUCACCAACCACUCAUAUCACUGGAUGGGUCCAUUAACAGAGAUACCCCAGAGAGAUGUCGCCAUCCUCAUUCCCAGAACUGUACAGAGGAGAAUUACAGGAUCCCACAGGAGGAUCGGGAUGCAGAGCUGACUGAUAACACCGCAGAAGAUAAAGAGGGAGAAGAAGAGACGUAUGUGACUGAUAUGAAGUUAGAAGAUAUAGAAGAAGACAAAGAGACAUAUGUGAUUUGUAUUAAGGUAGAAGAUAUAGAGGGAGAAGAAGAGGCAUAUGUGAGGGGUGAUCAGCAGUGUAAGGAGGAGGAAAUCCCUACAGAUAUCAGCACAGAUAAUACAAGGAACACCUUGGAGAGACAUCUUGGUUGGACUCCAGAAUUUAAAUUAGAAGAUAAGAACAUCACACAUGGGUCUCCAGAAGAAAACUGCAUUACCCUAAAUAUACAUCCAGCACUUCACAGUGCAGAUAUAUCAUCUGAUCCCUCUAUUUUUGGGGAACGUUCUCCUGGUAACUCACAUAUUGCUGCACAAAGUAUAGAUCAUAGUGGCGAUACAGUAAUUUCCUAUUCUGAAUGUGGGAAAUGUUUUACACAUAAACUAGCUCCUGUUAGACAUGAGAGAAGUCAUACAGGUGAGAAGCCAUUUAUAUGCUCUGAGUGUGGGAAAUGUUUUACACAGAAAUCAGAUCUUGUUAGACAUGAGAAACGUCAUGCAUGUGACAAACCAUUUCCAUGUUCCGAGUGUAAGAAAUGUUAUACACGUAAAUCAGAUCUUGUUAUACAUCAUAGACUUCACACAGGUGAGAAACCAUUUGCAUGCUCUGAGUGUGGGAAAUGUUUCACUCGUAAAUCAGAUCUUGUUUUACAUCAAAGACUUCACACAGGUGAGAAACCAUUUCGGUGCUCUGAAUGUGGAAAAUGUUUUACACACACAUCAGCUCUUGUUAGACAUGAGAGAAGUCAUACAGGAGAGAAACCAUUUACAUGCUCUGAGUGUGGGAAGUGUUUUACGCACAAAUCAGCCCUUGUUAUACAUAAAAGAAGUCACACAGGUGAGAAACCAUUUCCAUGCGCUGAGUGUGAGUUAUGUUUUAUCCGGAAAUCAGAUCUGGUUAUACAUCAUAGACUUCACACAGGUGAGAAACCAUUUGCAUGUUCUGAGUGUGGGAAAUGUUUUCCACGUAAAUCAGAUCUUGUUGUACAUGAGAGAAGUCACACAGGUGAGAAGCCAUUUACAUGCUCUGAGUGUAGGAAAUGUUUUACGCACAAAUCAGUUCUUGUUAGACAUCAUAGACUUCAUACAGGUGUGAAACCAUUUUCAUGCACUGAGUGUGGGAAAUGUUUUACACAGAAAUCACAUCUUGGUAGACAUCAAGAGAGAACACACAAGAGAUAGUCAUUUCCAUGGUUUGAGUGUAGGGAAUGUUUUAAACACAAACCAGUUCUUGUGACACAUGAGAGAAGUCACACAGUUGAGAAGCCAUUUCCAGGUUCUGAGUGGGGAUAGACAUUGAAUUCCCGGCUUCAAAAGAUUGCUGGGCUUCCAACGUUAAAUUCUGCGAUGUGAUGGCUACUAGCCAUUGCAUAAUAAACAUACAAUGGUAUAACCAUCAAAGGUUAAACUGUGCUCAGAGGCAGUUAGAGCUUAACACAUGCAUACAAAAGCUUCCUAGUGUCCUCAACUGAUUAUACACAGCCAUUGGAUAGGCUUUGGAAGCAGCAUCCGAUGGCUGACAACCCGCUAUUCGAUGAGAAGUACUUCCAUUGGAAUGGGAACAUUGAUGGUUGCUAACGAUCAGUUUCCAUUGUUCAUCCAUAUCUCUUGAGUGUGGCAAAUGCUUUGCAAGUGAAUCACAUCUAGAAAUCAUACAGGUGAGAACCAGCUAUUGUAAGACAUCAGAAAGUCCCCCACCUCAGGAAGGUCCAGGCUGGCCAUAAACAAUGACCUGCAAAUAUGUAUAGGUACCAGCAGAGCAGCCAUCCAGGACACACAUCAUCAGAUUAAAAAUCCACCCAAUCCCAUUUCAAGAUUGAGGGUUGAAAAGGAGCUGUACCAGAAACACUGUGUUAUUUGUCCUGGGUUACAGCGGCUGUGAGCUGGUUUAGGAGUCUACAGUUCCUGACAUGCUUUUAAAUGCCAAACUACCUAUAAGCCACCACCAUCGGACUUUUCUCCCAAAGAAAGGCCAGCAAAAUAUAUGCUGCCAAAGUGUACUCUGUAUCUGGAACCAUCCAUGGCAGCGCUGCUAAUGGGCUUGCUGGGGCAGGGUGACUUCCAGGUGCGCCCUGACAUGCUGGUAAAGGACACAUCAGGCCAUGUAACCGGGUUCACCAAGUUGCAGGUCCCAGUGUGCAUUAAUCGGAGAUGCCACUUAACAGCAGCUUGAAGUCAGAUCGCCCACCUGAGUCUCCUAGCCGUGCAGUGGUCUGUGCCCCUUUCUCAGUGAGGUGACUAGUGGGCGGAGGGACCUUUUAUGUGGUUUUUACAGUAGUCACAGCCUUAAGCAUUAUUGAUAUUCAAGCUACCUGUGUUUAUUGUACAUAGUGCCUAAUUCAGACCUGAUAGCUCGUCUGCGAAUUUGCAAUGGUCUGCGAUCAGAUAGUCGCCGUCCAGAGUGAAAAAACGCCCCGUGCAAGUCUGCAUACGCCGUGUGAAAAGCUUUGCAAACGCCGGUCAGCUGCAAGUCCGUUCGCACUCACCGUCGGAUGAUUUUUCCAGUCUGUGCGUAGCCCAGGACUUACUCCUACAGUGCGAAAGAAUCAGGCUGAUUGGGCUGGAGCUGAUGUCACACGCCAGCCCUGAAAAAGUUUGGGAACCCCUGCGUUUUUCCUGACACUCCCCAGAAAAUGGCCAGUUACCACCCCCAAACAUCCGCUUCUGUUAUGAACUGAGUGCUUGGAACUCAGGGGAGUAUGCGGCAACCCGGGAGUUCCAGUACUCACGGGUAUAGCUGCGGCUAGAAUGGAUGACAGCAGCAACUCGUGCUCUACCCCUGACUCCAUUACUCCUCCCAGUGGUCGGUUAGUGCCUGCAGAGCUAGUCUUCUCCUUUAGCAGCUGCGUUUGAAUGGGCGAAUUAGGUCCGCCCAGACUCCGAUGCCCCCAGGUCUUAUGAGGUAACAAGGCACCAACCGAGACUGCGAGUGAGUAAGGGGAAGGCUAACUAAAACCUGCAACACUAAAUGCAUGAGUGAUAAUGAAAGCAACAAUGCUCUAAGAUGUUAAAAUAGAAGAUUUUAUAAGCAAAUAAACAGUGAGAGCAGCAAUGCUCAGAGAUGUUAAAAUAGAAAUGCAAGCAAAGAAAUGUUUGUGUGGAUACCCCACCAAAACCUGAAAACAAGGCUGGCUGGAUCUGGUCAGGUAAUCAAUCAAGCAAGGUCUCUGGGUCACGGGCACAACACAGGCUGACAGGAUCUCCUACGAGCUGACAAGUUCACACAGAAGCAGGAACUAUCACCAGCGUUUUGGGAGUGACCAGGAAGGGAAUAUAAAUGGAGCUGCACCAAUCACAGCAGAAACCCCUAAUUACAAAAUACCAUGCAGCUGCCCUGCUGCACGUCCCUGUACAACAGCUGAGUACUUAGUUACCCAGCAACAGGGAACGAUGUCUGCUUCCGGCGUCCCCGUUGCCAGGGAUCCGAUGGCUGUCAGCACCCAGGGUCUGCCUGUUGCUAGGCACCGGACGGGGACCAGGAGACCUUGCACCCGGCAUCCGCCUCUUACUAGGCGCUGGACGUGGGUCAGCGGGAGGUGCGGUGUCCCGGCUCCUAAGCAUCAGUCGGGACGUGCGCCUCCCCGGCGCUAAAAGAUUCCUGUCAAUCAGCCUGCGUUCGCCUAGUGAUUAAAAAAAAAUAUGCAGGAUUGUUUUUGCAGUUUGGCCUCGCGCACGUGCAUUACGAUCAAUACGCAUGCGCAGUCAUUCGAUAAUCGCCUAUUUUGCGAUUUCACACAACAGCGAUCAGGUCUGAAUUGGGCCCUUAGUGUGGUUACCAUUUAUAUGUAGCAUAUUAUUGUGUGUGUAAUAAAGGUGCUUUUGUAUCCUU